GCGCAGUGACGUUCAUGUUUACGGAAGCCCCGGGGCUGCUGGAUCUGUUUUUACAAACAGACGGGAUGUUAUGUUAUGUGAAUGGAGGACAUGGAGAAACGGUUUAAUGAAUAGCACGUUCGGCUAUGUUUUCGUUGCUUUUUUAGCACUUGCAGCUUUGCUCAUCCCACGCGAGUGGUCAUUUACAUUUGGGAUUGGAUCAGACCGUGGGGGGGCUUUGCGGCUCCUGAGCAGGAGUGAAUUAGCGUUGUACGACGGGGAGGAAGGUAGCAAGGGCCUUUACCUUGCCAUACUGGGGCAAGUCUUUGAUGUGCACAAGGGUCACAAGCACUACGGACCUGGAGGUGCUUAUCACUUUAUGACAGGCAAAGAUACAUCGCUGGCCUUCAUCACUGGGGACUUCACAGAAAGGGGUCUGACAGAUGAUGUGUCCAAUCUGUCCCCCCUGCAGGUGAUGGCCCUUUAUGACUGGCUGGCCUUCUACCAGAGGGACUAUACACGUGUAGGUCUGUUAAUAGGCAGGUUCUAUUGUGAGACUGGUCAACCCACGGAGGCCCUGUUGCUGGCAGAAGCCUCACUAGCAGAGGGCCGGCGAAUGAAGACCCAGUCAGAGGCUGAAAAGGUGCGCUUCCCAACCUGCAACUCAGAGUGGAGCGCAGCCAGAGGAGGACGAAUUUGGUGCUCCACUAAGAGUGGUGGAGUGGAGAGAAGCUGGACGGGUGUUCCACGGAAGCUCUUUUCUCCAGGCUCCAGUGGUGUUCGUUGUGUCUGUGUUGAAGAUGCAUUUGCUGCCCAAGAAGACCCAAACCUGAAGAAAUAUAAUGGCUGCCCCCCACAUGCUGAGUCGUGCUCCAUUGAGGAGUUCUAGGCCUUUUCUCUUGUGUUCUCGUUGACCUGUGAAACGUCGUCAGUCGCAGCCUAAGUACUUUUCUAAUUCCAAACCCUGAAAACUCAGGGACUUAACUGACAUCACCUGGUAAGUCUAUGGAGGCUUUGAUAUGUGUAAAUAUAAAUGGGACAGUACUUUGCUGCCACAUGUCACGUCACCCAGAUGUAAAAAAAAUCAUGAUUUACAAUUAGGGGUAUUUAUUUGUUUUGGUGUCUUUCUUGCGUUUUAUGUUUGUCAAAAUUGCUUUCAUGUCAACAUUUUAUAUUUUAUGUAGAUGAAUAAAUAUCUUGAUUUCAUGUGUUUUUUUUCCUCCAUCUUCAAUCCAGUCUUGCUCAGGGACACGGGGGAAUGCAGCCGGGGUCUGAACACACGAUGGUCAGAAACCGUACUUGGGUAGGCUGCAGAAUUUAAAUUAUCAAUUGGUGCCCAAAGUGUGCCAAGAAUAUCCCACACACAAUUACACCAUCAGCAGCAGCCUGAACGGUUGAUACAAGGCAGAAUGGAUCCUUGCUUUCAUGUUGUUUACACCAAAGGCUGACCAUACCAUUGGAUUAUUGCAGCUGAAAAUCAAGACUCAUCAGACCAGGCAACAUUUUUCCAAUCUUAUAUUGUCCAAUUUUGAUGAGCCUGUGCAAAGUCAUCAAGUU